UCCGUCCAUCCAUCUGUCUACACCCUCCCCUUUCUCUCUCGCUUGCUCUCUGGGUAAUGUUUUUUUCUGUGUGUUUCAGGAUCAUGAACCACUGAUCUGUAACUUUUCCCCUCUCUAUCUGUCCACCUAUCCAUCUAUCUAUCUAGAACAUCCCAUUUCACAUUAAGUCUCCACUCUUCCUGGAGUGUGGUUCUGGCGAUUCAGCCCCAGGUAGAGUCUGGAAGGUGAGGUGAGGUGAGGUGAGGUAAGGUGAGGAGGCCUGGGGUGCAGUCAGCAUUCACAUUCAUCCCAAAGGUCUUCAAUAAGCUUGAGGUCAGAUCUCUUUAGCAGGCCACUGCAAGCCAUGUAAACGAACAGUAUUUUAUCGUUAUCUAGAAUAACAAACAGUCACCAGCUGAACUGUGCCAAUCAGAGCUGCGUGCUUUUCAUAAUAAAACACAAACACACCCUUUUACGUCCUGCGGUAUGAAGGAAUGGAGACGGCAUUAUGAGACCUUAGGUAAGCGUCGUGCGUUUGUGCUUGUAGCAGGAAAGCUGGAGGGAAAAAGUUGAUUGCUAUUUUCUAUGCGCUGAGAGACCGGAGAAAAGAAUGGCAAAAGCAGAGCUCUACAAGGAUAACGUAUAUGCAUACGCAUUAUACAAAACUCUGGCCGAAGUCGAUCCUCCAAUGACUGUAGGCUUGUACGCAUCGUGUAACAGCAGGAUCAAAAUGAUUCUCGCGAGCAUGGAAGGUUACAUGAACGAGGCAAAACAGAACAUAUGCAGGCCCUCGAUCGGGAAUCUGAUUUCUCUAAUCCUUCGUCUUCUUUUCUAUCGACCCGUGUGGACGGACAAAACGCAGAGGACAAAAUGCAAGCGCUAUGUGUUUGUCAGGUUUAGCGCUUGGCACUUUGCAGGGAGCGACAUGCUCUGGGCAGGCUUGGUGAUGCAGUUGUGCCAAGCUCUUCAGGACGGUUUUGGCAAGCUUCAGCUCAGCCUCUUUCGAGUCGCUCAAUACGACAAAGAAAAGGACGCAAAGCCAAGAAAGACUGAAAACAGCUCUGAAGUCUGGAGAUCCAAGAAGUUUUGCUGCAUUCCAUUAUGGGCCUUGGUCCUGACAAUGCUGAUGGUUUGCCUAUUUAUUGUGGUACCAGUUAUUAUUUUAUCAUUCGGUAAACACACGCCUCAAGGGGACGACCAGAAUAAAAAAGUGUAUGGGGCAGUUGGGGGGUUUCUCAUCGCUAUGCUAGGUGUCCCUGCAGUCGGAGCUGCGAGAUUCAUUUUCAUAUUGCUGAAAAGCCUCAUCUUUAGCCAGGACGUGAAGGUAAAAAAUGCUUUGGACAACAAGAAGCUCAGCGAGCAGCUGGGUUUGAUGCAUGAGGUUCGGAAAGAGAUGAGGAUCCUCUCGUGCUUCGUUCACUUCAUGGAGCAUUUCGAGCGGCAGAAGAUCAAAGUGGUGCUGGAGAUCACCAAUUUGGACCGCUGCACACCAGCAAAAAUUGUCGGCGUCUUGAACGCCAUUGGCAUCCUUCUUUCUGACGAGGAAAGCCCCUUUGUUUCUCUAGUCGCAAUCGACCCUGAGGUUCUUACGCAAAAAAUCGACCAGGCAAAUGACUGCUAUAGUAAAAAGGACAGAGCUUAUGGCUUCCUGGACCGCAUUAUUACGCUGCCGUUCACAGUCCCACCUUUAUGCGACGUGUCCAAGUGCAAGGUCUUCGAAGAAAUUUCGUCCAAACAGUCUGACGCACUAGAAGAUCACGGUGAGAAUUUAGAUUGCAUAAAGACCUCUGACUCUUCUGAAGAUGCCCCUUUGAUUCAGAACCGCCUGACUGAUAUAAGCCAAGCCUCAUCCUUACGUGCAAACGAAACCACUUACUGUUUGUUUAAUGAGAAUGACAUGGAGCGUUCAAUUCAGGAAGCACUUCGGAGCAUAUACUUAUGUGACGAGAAGAGGCUCCAAACUUAUAUCUCAGAAAAUACGGUGUCUAUGAGGAGGGUCGCCAACUCCAUCAGAGUGUCCAUGAUGGUCGUUAACACUCUUAACGUCGACCUUCCUUCGCCUGAAAGAGUCGCGGCUUGGGUUGUCCUGGUUGACCGCUGGCCUUGUAGACUCAGCUGGAUACUUCAGUGUAUGGAAGAUGAGCAACAGACUCUGGAGGCUGAUCAAACCACAGUUGAUAGCAAUAGCAGCAAGACUCUAUGGGAAGUUUUUAGUGAGCAUCGGAUUGAGCUCCAUGUCAUUAGGGCCGAGGUGGAGAUGUUUCUGGAAAGAGACGAUGAUCCGGAGUUGUUUGAGAUGUUUCUUAGGAAGGAUUACGUGUUCACAGUCAAGGAGGCCAAUAAACUAAAAGAUUGCAUGGUUAACCUGGACUGUUCGAUUAAGAACGAGUUGGCGAGGAUCAGACAAAUCAGCACUUUAAGAGCAAUAGGAAGAUCUUCGUUCAACAGCUUGUCUCCUAACGCUGUCUUUAACAUGUCGGUGGAGGACAUUUGCAAUGAGCUAUCCAAGCUGAAGCUCCCUGAAAGAUAUGCCGAGAUUAUAAAGCAAAAUGAUAUAAACGGACAGACGCUGCUUCUUAGUGACCCAGCUGACCUGAGACGGGUCAUGCAAAUGACGCUCGGGGAAUGGACGGCUUUCAGGAUUCGCUUUCUUGGAGUCAUUUCAUGGGAUCGGUUGAGUAAAACAAAGGCGGCACCGGUGAUCUCGAAUCCGAAUGCGAUUUGCUGCGAUCCCGUGCGCAGUAGGUGUCACGCAAACCAACAUGAAAAUUAGUGCAAUGUCGGCCAUUAUCAUGAAGAAGAAGAAAAAAAAACAAGAUUUCAGUGUGGUAAUAUUGCAAGAGACAUUUGACUCGAUUUGCUUUCAUUAUAUGGACUAUAUGGAUUAUUUGGAGGCUCCCAAUUGUAUAGGAUGUUUUUUGCAUUUUUUUUUUUACUCUUUUACUGUUCCAGCAACUCCAUGAAGAAAGGCUUCACAUUGGAUGGAGUAGAAGAUCUCCUGCUAUAGAGCUCCAACCCUAUUGGUCACCUUUGGGAUAAAUUGGAACGCUGACUGCACCCAAAGCCCUCCUCACCCACAUCAGUACCUGGACUUUCCACUCAAAAAUCUAGCGGAAUGGAGAAUGGGGGUGACCAUGGACAGCAAUUGGGGUCUGGAAUAUGAUGUUCGUACGAAUCUUAUGGUCAGAUGUAACUUCAGAAAGACGUAGUAGACCAAGACUAUCACUAAACCCCCUGCUUAACGUUCCUCAGCUGCCAUGUGAAAAUGAUCACUCCUUUGGAUUAGCUCUGUUUGUGUGAUUUGUUAGUUCAGCUGAAACGCUCAGGCAACCCUGCCAAAUAAGGAAGGAAUUACAAAUAUAGAGGAAAACUGUCCUUGUUAUUUCUACUCCCAGCUUUCCGCCAUUAGAGCAAGCGAGGGGAGACGGCAGACGUAACAAGGAAUCCACGUUAAAAACGGGUGGGAAUUGGCCUUUUACUAAACAAAGGACAAGAACGAUUGAAUAAUGAGCUUUGUCGUUUAUUUCCGUUUAUUUCGUUUUUCCUUUUUUUUGCAGAAAAAUUUGACACUAAGAUUCUAAACCCUUAGGAUGGGGUGCCAAUAGUUUUGGAGCGGAUUGUUUAACCAAUAGAACUCGUAAUAUGUAAAUUAUUUAAAUGAGCUUUUUCGAAGUGAAUUACAAAUAUAAAUAUUUAAUACAA